AAAUGACACAACCACAAAAAGAGAAAUAAGAGCUUAGAGGAUCAUGAAAACUAUGACCAAAUAAUUGACCUUUUCAGUAAUUCCUUAGUUCAUCAUUAAGAUGAUUAUUAUUGUAUGGAACCACUCGGUACCCAUUUAUGACAUUUUUUUCCAUUUGUGAUUUACAAAAUAAGCUACUUAUUUAACUUUUGUAGAGGCUUUCACUUGAUUUUGCUUUUUAAUUAAACAUUCUAAGUUUGUCAAUGAUGGAUUCCUUCUUCAACAAAGGGUUCAAAGCAGCCCAAUGUAAAACCUUAUUGAAACUAGCGAUUCCUCGAAUUAAGCAUCUAAGGAACCGGAGAGAGAUUCAGAUGAAGCAGAUGCACAGAGAAAUAGCAAAAUUUCUUGAAACUGGUCAAGAAGCUACUGCUCUGAUUUGGGUAGAGCAUAUUAUAAGAAACGAGAAAAUGAUGGCUGCACAGGAGAUACUUGAAUUAUUUUGUGAACUUAUAUCCAUUCGCCUUCUAAUUAUUGAGGCGCAGUGGGAAUGCCCUCUGGAUUUGAAAGAAGCGAUUUCCAGUAUAUGUUUUGCUGCACCGAGAUGUGCAAAUGUUACAGAGUUAGUGCAAGUUUAAAUGUUGUUUGCUGGAAAAUACGGGAAAGAAUUUGUUGUUGCUGCGGCUGAACUGAUGCCCGAGUGUGGUGUCAAUCGCCAGUUAAUAGAGCUAUUAUCUGUUCGAGCUCCUAGUCCCGAUGUGAAACUCAAGCUGCUAAAGGAAAUUGCUUUGGAGCAUGAACUAGAGUGGGAUCCAAGUGCAUCUGAAACUGAAUUAUCGAAACCUUGUGAAGACCUACUUGUAUGCUUUAUCUUCUAACCAUGUCAUUUCGCUUUUAUAUUUAACAUUUGUAACCUUGAUUGUGCUUCUGUUUCUUGUAGAAUGGACCAACGCAAUUUAAUUUCAUUUGAUAUUUGUAGAAUUUUAAAUUUUAUUUUUUUGUU